UAUUAUUCCUGUUGUGUGGACAGCAGCUCCCGUGCACCGACACAGUGCGCGUGUGGAUUUCAGUCUUCCGGACGCGCUGCUCUCUCCGCUCCGGCUCUCCGCUGUUCGCAGUUUGGCAAGGUGAGACGAUCAGCAGCAAGAACGCAUGAGUUCGGCCAGAAAGUUUUGAAACUUCAGACUAAGAGAGCUUCAGAGCAGAGGAUAGUGUCUGAUCUAAAGAGGACACAAUGUCGGGAUCAUUACCAUUCUACCAGAAACACCACCGUCACUAUGAUCGUGGCUACCGUAGCCGGGAGACCGAGUCUGCGGUCAGCCAAUACCAGCAGAGCUCAAGCAGUUAUACCAAAAGCACCAAGGGCCUCAGAGCUGCCACAUACACUGCUCUAGAUGAGAGCAAGCUGAGCCCUCUGCCUAAGAGAGCCAAACCCACUUAUCUGGCCAUGGACAAGGAGAACCAGAUCAUCGGUUAUGUGGUGCCCAUCUUCAGGGGCAGUCAUGAGUUUGAAAGUGGCCUGUCAAACACUGAGGAGGCCCGCGCUAAAGAGAGCGCUGGUUAUCUGGCGCGCCGUGACCUCUUCAGUAGCGGAAUGGAGUCGGAGCACACGGAACACAAGUCCCGCAGAACCAUCAUGAGGGAGUCUGCAGAUCGCAUCUCCCUUAGCAAGAGGAUCCAUGAGAACGAGGAGUACCAUAAGCGUAUGAACGAGGACAGCCUAAUGCACACCCCCGGGUUUGUGAUCAAGCCACGUUCACACACUGUUUGGGAGAAACAGUGUGUGCGGCUGCACUGUACCAUCUCAGGAUGGCCGGAUCCACGCGUAGUGUGGUACAAGAACAAUGUCAGAAUUGAUCCCAUGGGCAACCCAGGGAAGUAUAAAGUGGUCAGCAGUUAUAAUGUCCACUCACUGGAGAUUAACAGGUGUGACUUUGAUGACACUGCACAGUAUCGUGUGUCGGCCAUGAACAGCAAGGGCGAGAUCUCGGCUUUAGCUUCUGUUGUCGUCAAAAGAUUCAAAGGAGAAUUCGAUGAGUCUCUACCAUCUCCCAGUCUCCAAAGCAGAAAGUUCGGCUUUGAAGCUCCAUGUCUGGAUUACGGUGUGAAGUUCGAAACACACAUUGUGGAGAAGUUUGGUGUGUCUUUUGGCCGUGAGGGAGAGACGUUGAGUUUGGGCUGCUCUGUCAUCAUCUACCCUUCGCUGCAACGCUUCCAACCUGAGAUUGAGUGGUACAGAGAUGAUAAACUAUUGCUGCCUUCAAAAUGGGUCCAGACGCAUUGGAGCGGCGACAGAGCCACGCUCACUCUCACACACCUCAACAAGGAGGACGAGGGGCUGUACACACUCCGCGUCAUCACCAAGUCUGGCUUUGAGACACACUCCGCUUAUGUCUUUGUCAGAGAUGCUGAUGCUGAUGUUGCGGGCGCUCCAUGUGCCCCGUUAGAUGUGUAUUGUCAGGAGGCCAAUAAGGAUUAUGUCAUUGUUACCUGGAAACAGCCGGCUGUGGAUGGCGGAAGUGCCAUCUUGGGCUACUUUGUUGACAGGUGUGAAGUUGGCACUACACACUGGGCACAAUGUAAUGACACUCCGGUGAAGUUCGCACGAUUCCCCGUGACUGGUCUUGUGGAAGGACGCAGCUACAUGUUCCGUGUGCGUGCUGUGAAUAAGGCUGGAAUGAGCCGCCCGUCACGUGUAUCGGAACCAGUUGCAGCGAUGGACCCUGCAGACCGGGCAAGAAAAGGUGCUUCUGCUCCUUGGACUGGACAGAUAAUUGUAACGGAGGAGGAGCCAGUGGAGGGCGUGGUUCCAGGCAAACCUGGCGAGCUCACUGUCAACGAGGCCACUAAAAACUAUGUGGUGUUGAGCUGGAAGCCCCCUGGUGAGAAAGGUCAUGAAGGGGUCAUGUAUUAUGUGGAAAAGUGUGUGUCGGGUACGGACAGCUGGCAGCGGGUGAAUACUGAUAUCCCAGUGAAAUCACCAAGGUUUGCACUAUUUGAUCUGGCGGAGGGAAAGUCGUAUCGCUUCCGUGUUCGCUGUUGUAACUCGGCUGGUGUUGGAGAACCAUCAGAACCGACUGACGCCAUCACAGUCGGGGACAAGCUGGAUAUCCCAUCUGCCCCUGGCCGUGUAGUGCCUACCCGCAAUACAGACACAUCUGUGGUGGUUUCAUGGGAGGCAUCUCGUGAUGCUAAAGAGCUGGUGGGUUACUACAUAGAGAGCAGCAUUGCAGGGAGCAACACUUGGGAGCCGUGCAACAACAAGCCUGUUAAAGGCUCUAGGUUCAUCUGUCAUGGCUUGACCACAGGAGAGCGUUACGUUUUCCACGUAAGAGCCGUCAACGCUGCAGGAAUCAGUGAAUGCUCACAAGAGUCUGAAGCUAUCGAGGUUAAAGCUGCUAUUGGGGGCGGUAUUCCUCAUGCGUCCCCUGCUCCGCCCUAUGGCAUCACAGUGUUGGAGAGUGUGCGCGACUCAAUGGUGUUAGCCUGGAAACAGCCCACUUUCAUCGGUGGUGCUGACAUCACGGGUUACUUUGUUGAUUACCGUGAGGUCAUUGGUGGAGUGCCGGGAAAAUGGCACGAGGCGAAUAUCAAGUCUGUCAGUGAGAGAGCGUACAGAGUUUCAGAGUUGAAGGAGAACAUGCUGUACCAGUUCCAGGUGCGUGCUGCCAACAUGGCUGGCGUGGGCAUCCCGUCUCUUUCAAGUGAGGUAUUCAAGUGUGAGGAGUGGACCAUUGCUGUACCAGGUCCACCCCAUGACCUCCAAGUACAGGAGGUGCGUAAGGACUCGUUGGUGUUGCUAUGGAAACCACCUGUCUAUCAGGGCCGUGAUGCUGUCAAUGGAUACUACAUUGAUAUCAAGGAGGCUGAAGCAGACUUUGAGAUGUGGAGAGGCGUCAACGAGAAAGCCACUGACAAGCCGUACAUGAAGAUCAAGAAUCUGAAGGAGGGCGAGUCUUAUGUGUUCCGUGUGCGCGCUCAGAACAAGGCUGGUGUAGGAAAAGCAUCCGAGCACACAGAGCCGGUUGAGGCUGUGACUAAACCAGGUACUGCUGAGAUAGUUGUGAACGUUGACGAUGACGGCGUCAUUUCACUCAAUUUUGAGUGUUCGAAACUCACGACGGACUCCAAAUUUGUCUGGUCCAAAAACUACAAGGAAAUGGAAGAAACUAGAUGCAUGAGCAUCGAGACCAAGGGCAACAAGUCUAAAGCCAUCUUUAACACACCUUCUGAAGAUGAUCUGGGCAUCUACUCUUGUGUCGUCACACACACGGAUGGAGUCUCCGCUAGCUACACACUCACUGAGGAAGGUCUAAAAGAUUUGCUGAAGAUCAGCCAUGAGCACAAAUUCCCCAUCAUCCCUCUGAAAACCGACCUGGCCGUGGAGCUGCUGGAGAAGGGAAGAGUUCGCUUCUGGCUGCAGGCUGAAAAGAUCUCUACUAAUGGAAAGGUGGACUACGUCUUCAAUGACAACAUGGUUUCUCAGGGAGAGAAAUACAAGAUGAACUUUGAUAAGAAUACAGGCAUUAUUGAGAUGUUCAUAGAGUCGCUGGGCAAAGAGGACGAAGGAACCUUCACUUUCCAGCUACAGGACGGCAAAGCCACUAACCAGUCCAGUCUAGUGCUGAUCGGAGAUGUGUUCAAGCAGUUACAGAAGGAGUCUGAGUUCCAGAGGAAAGAAUGGCACAGGAAACAAGGUCCACACUUCGUGGAGUAUCUUAGCUAUGAAGUUACACCUGAGUGUUGUGUUCGACUGAAGUGUAAGGUUGGUAACAUGAAGAAAGACUCCGUGGCCCUGUGGUAUAAAGAUGGACGUGAAAUUAAAGUCAGUGAGAAACUGGAUUUCUCUGAAGGAGUGCUGACUUUGGAGAUCACCCAGAUCUCGAAGAAGGAUGCUGGAAUUUAUGAAGUGGUUUUGAAGGAUGACAGAGGCAAAGACUCCUCCACACUCAACCUCACUGACCAAGGAUUCAAAGACUUGAUGAAUCUGGUCUUCGGUGUUAUUGCAAACUCCUCGACCCCACUGAAGAUCCAGAGCACAGAGGAGGGCAUCAGACUCUACUCCUUCGUCAGCUUCUACAACGAUGAACUGCAUGUCACCUGGCAUCACAAGGAGUCCGCGAUCGCCUUCACCGAGCGCAUUAAGAGUGGUGUGGUGGGCGAGCAGCUCUGGCUGCAGAUUUCUGAGCCCACCGAGAAAGAUAAAGGCAAAUACGCCAUCGAGUUCUUUGAUGGUAAAGGAGGUCUGCGGAGAACUGUGGAACUGGCUGGACAAGCAUUUGAUGAUGCCUAUGCUGAGUUUCAAAGACUCAAGGCUGCAGCCAUUGCAGAGAGAAAUCGUGCCCGUGUGGCGGGUGGCCUGCCUGAUGUCGUGACUAUUCAAGAGGGAAAGUCCUUGAACCUGACCUGCAAUAUCUGGGGUGACCCCAUGCCAGAGGUCACCUGGCUGAAGAACGAGCGCGAGAUGGUUUCGGAUGAUCACUACAUACUCAAGUUUGAGUCGGGCAAGUUCGCCAGUUUCACCAUCACCAGUGUCAACACGGCCGACUCGGGCAAGUACAGCAUUCUGGUGAAGAACAAGUACGGCACGGAGAGCGGCGAUUUCACCUUGAAAGUGACGGAAAGCAUGGGUGAUUUUGGUGUUAUUUCAUACCUCGCUGAUGUGGAUGGAAACGUGACUGUAGGUCCUUCGACUCCUGCAUCCACCUGUCGUUCAGCAAAGCAAGCCCCUCCUACCCCAACUCCACCAAAAUCAGCUACCCCAAUCCCCAAAAAUCAAACUCCCAUUACACCAACUCCUUCAACCCCAGUUACUCCAAAUCCACCAACACCAAUCUCCAUGACCCCGAUCCCCCAAAAUUCAACCCAAGUUACUCCAAAUCCAACAACACCAACCUCAAUGACCCCAAUCACCCAAAAUCCAACCCCAGUUACUUCAAAUCCACCAACCUCAACGACCCCGAUCCCCCAAAAUCCAACCCCAGUUACUACAAAUCCACCAACACCAACCUCAAUGACUCCAAACGCCCAAAAUCCAACCCCAGUUACUUCAAAUCCACCAACCUCAACGAACCCGAUCCCCCAAAAUCCAACCCCAGUUACCCUGACACACGAAAGUCAAACCCCAGCUACAAUCCCAACUACACCAACCCCUCAGCUUUCCACUCCCAACCCAGAUGAGAAAUCCAAAAAUGAGGCAAAAGAUGAUAAAGGGAAGGCAACGAUGUGGAAAGACUCUGUAAGUCUGAAUCAACCUGCUGAAGAGGCAGUUGAAGCUGCUACAACAGAAGCCACACCCACUGUCACAUCUUUAUCAGAUCCGGCACCAGAGCCCAACCCAGAGGAAUCGACUUCAGUUCCUGAAACUGCAAAUGAGGAAUGAGAGUGUCUGACAAAGAAAGAUAUUUAGAAAUGCUUAAGAACAUAUAAUGACCCUAAAAUAAGCCACAAUUGUACACCCUUUUGGGAGGGUCCUUGUGCUAUAUAUCUUUAAAUUAAUACCACUUUAUUUUAUUAUCUUAUGCAAUGACAUUCACACAUUUGUAUGUGUAUUACGUGUUCAAAUACUUUUUGUGGACACUGUAGUUUAACUAAACACGUAUUCAUGUUUUUAAAAUUAGGUAUAGGGAUUUGAUCCAUGUUGUUAAUAUUUUAGAAAUUAGAAGGUGCUGUAAGUGAAAGACAGGCCCCUCAUUCCAAACCCACUCUCUACAAACUGACUGCUGUUAAACUGGCGCUCUCAGCUUCAUGCUGCCCUGUGAAUGCACAGAAGCCAGAGACUAUUUAGCAGAGAUGGGUCACUUCUAUUCAAAUGAAUGAGAGAAAUUGGAAUGCCCAUUGACCGCAGUCAAUGGAUGUAGAAAGGAAGUCCCGUCCUACAGGUAAAAUAGCCAAUCACCUUUUAGAUGCAGACAUCGUCUGACAAUCCACUCAUGCGCAACUAAACGCAUGCACAUUAGCAAUACAAGCCGGGUAAAUUUGUUUUUCAGUGUGAUCUGAGGUAAAGAAGCACAAUUUAUGAUAUCAGUGUUGUCAGAUUUUACAGCUGAUUUGAAAUAUGUUCUUUUGAUCGUAAUCUUGACCAACCCUUUAGGAGAGUUUGGUCUUUCCCCAUUGAAGUAGAUAGGAGCUGCGCUUGUAUGCCACUUGUUUACGUAGAAAGUAGCUGCCCAAGAGCAUUCCAGAGAUCGCCGCCGAGUGACCUGACUUGCUAAAAAGACUUGCAGAAGUGCCUCAAAGUCUUCUGAUUAGCAGUAACUGCCUGUGGCACGGGUGCAAUUUGUUUCCGCUGUGCUUCGCGAGAGGCUUAAGCGGUUUCAAACAGGUUUGAUAUUUCAUGGCACCCAAUUCAGUGAUUCAGUGAAUCCCUAGAUUCACUAGGGACAUUUUCUCUGUGUCGUUUCAUAUUAUUUACAGCAUCUUUAAAACGGUUGUUUUUGUUGUAAUUGUGGAGUGUUUUCUGUGUUGUGUUCCACGGAAGGCUUGGUACAUACCUGUAAUAAAUGAUGUGACCUAAAUAAAGCAGUUCACUCUCUCACUCAGUCACAGACAGCUUGACUAGGACAAGUAUGUUUCUUUAUCGUGCGUUCAGCCAGGCAUAUAACUCAGAAAUCCUGAUGGAAUUCAAACACACUGAAUGAAGGUGCUGUAAGCGAUUGACACAUCCCCUCUCUCCAAAACACUGCCCUCCGUAGACAAGCGCCCUAUCCUAAUACCCACACUUGCAGUCUUCUUGAUACUUAAGUGCGUGUGCAUGCUGCUUCAAGUAAAUCAAGACUGUCCCAUGUCUGAAACAUGCCAAAGCUCAGUCCACUUAACACACACUACAUCCACAUUAGCCCUUAUAUCACUUCGGAGCAGUCUUUCAGGCUAAGUGUAUCCCAGAGUUUGUCACGUUCAGGAGCCUACACCCCAUCUACCCGAGUGUAACACAGUUAAGGAUCGGCAAGGAGGAGGCGAGAAACGGCUUGUCAACUUAAAUAAUCGUUUAAUGAAAACUGAACUCAAAAUACACAAAUAUUAAACAAACACACACACGCGACGGACAUGCCCGUUAUUCUCUCUCUCGAACCAUCGUCACUGGCCGCCUUUAUCCCUCGCAUUUAUUCCGACCCAGCCCCGCCCCCCUCCGCUCUACACUCCUCCGGGGUGCCACCGGCAUGACGUACAUCCCCCCCCCUAUCCCUGGGGUGGGGUGUAUCUUGCGUUCCGUGUGGUCAUCCCCGCCUUCCUCGCCCCGGGAGGAGACAGGAGGGGAAGACAACAACAACAAAGAAAACAAAAUAGGCGAGGGAAAAGGCCAACACGGUGCGAAAGAGAGAGAGAGGAGAGAGAGAAAAAGCUCACUCACCGGUUCUCUGAUGUACCGUCGCGUGGUCCUCGAACACUCCUCCACACUCAGGCGGACGACAGCCGCUCCAACCCCGGGUGAACCGGAGUCAAACCUCCGACCCCCAGCGGGCAGAACGCCCCUCCGCUUUUCUGGCAGCAAAUGGGGACACUCCUCCGCCCCUGGCAGCGGCCCUACCGCUCCGGGGAGUUUCUUCCUUCCUCCCCUCGUGGACGGCGGUCUCCCUCGACCCCUCCGCAUCUCUAGGGAUGGCAGGGCACUCCUCCGCCCCCAGCAGCGGCUCCCUCGCUCCAGGCGGUCGGGGUAUCCAGUCCCCACUUGCCCUGCGGACGGCGGCCAUUCCCCGCAACCUGGCAGAUGGCAGUGGCGCUCCCCUGGGUGGACGGCAGUGUCGAGGACUCUGCAACAGGCAUCCCUCCUCCUUCACGGGCUUUCGGCACCAAUGUAACACAGUUAAGGAUGGGCAAGGAGGAGGCGAGAACCGGCUUGUCAACAUAAAUAAUCGUUUAAUGAAAACUGAACUAAAAAUACACAAAUAUUAAACAAACACACACACACACACACACGACGGACAUGCCCGUAAUUCUCUCUCUCUCGAACCAUCGUCAACGGCCACCUUUCUAUUCCGACCCGGCCCUGCCCCCCCUCCGCUCUACACCAAGUGAU